GAGAGAGGAUGCUAAAUGCUAGGCCGGAAGCGGAAGUGGUCCUCGAAAGCUUUUUGGCCGCUGGUGUCAGGAGUUUCUCCGCAUUUUAAUUCCGAGAGGUCUCUGAGGUUUUUUUGGUGUCUCUAGGGAGCCCCUGGGUUAGAUCUUUCUCCAGAUUCCAGCCUGCCUCUCUCCAGCAGCUCUGCUUGAGUUUACAGAUGUCUGCAAAGCUUUAGACUCCCGAGAGAAUAAAGUUUGAGACCUACCAUGACCAUGUCAGCUAAUCGGACCUCUCCCCAGAAAUCACUGGUCCUGAUUCCAGAGGAACGUGAUAAUUCAUAUGAGGGAUCGGUGUCCUUCAGGGAUGUGGCUGUAGAUUUCAGCAGAGAGGAAUGGCAGCAUCUAGACCUUGCUCAGAGAAACCUAUACCGGGAUGUGAUGCUGGAGACCUACAGUCACCUGCUUUCUGUGGGAUAUGAAGUUCCCCAGCCAGAAGUUUUCAUGUUGGAGCAAGGACAGGAGCCAUGGGCAUUGCAGUGUGAUCCACAUCAGAGCUGUCCAGAAGAAUUAUGGCAGAUUGGUGACCAGAUAGAGAGCUAUCAGCAAAGAGAAAACAAAUCUUUAAGAGAUGUUGCUUUCAUCAAGAAAAUUUUGACUACAAAGAAGGAUUACAUAGAAGAAUAUAAGGACAUUAGAAAAAUAAUUCAUGUGAGCCAAAACAUUCUUUCACCAAAAAGACCCCACCAGUGUGACUCAUUUGGAAAUGCUUUGAAGUAUAAUUUAGAUUUACACAGUCAUUACAGAAACAAUGCAUCAAAGAACAUAAAUAAGAUUACUGAACAUAUUAAAAUCUCUUCCUAUACUCACCCUGAGUGUUCUCCAACAGGAGAGAAGUUAUGGGACCAUAAUCAAUGUGGGAAAAUCCUCAGCUAUAAACAAGCACCCUCUCAACAUCAAAAAAUUCAUACUGGGGAAAAAUCUUAUGAAUGUGCUGAAUUUGGGAAGAUCUUCACCCAGAAGUCACAGCUCAGGGUACAUCUGAAAGUUCAUACAGGAGAAAAACUCUAUGUGUGCAUUGACUGUGGCAAGGCUUUUGUAAAGAAGCCAGAAUUCAUUACACAUCAGAGAACCCAUACUAGAGAGAAGCCCUAUAAGUGCAGUGAAUGUGGAAAAGCUUUUUUCCAAGUAUCUUCUCUCUUAAGGCACCAGAGAAUUCACACUGGAGAAAAACUUUAUGAAUGCAGUGAGUGUGGAAAAGGGUUCUCUUAUAACUCCGAUCUCAGUAUACAUCAAAAAAUUCAUACUGGAGAGAGACACCACGAAUGCACGGAUUGUGGCAAAGCAUUUACGCAAAAGUCCACGCUCAAGAUGCAUCAGAAGAUUCAUACAGGUGAGCGAUCCUAUAUAUGUAUUGAAUGUGGACAGGCCUUCAUCCAGAAGACACACUUGAUUGCACACCGAAGAAUUCAUACUGGAGAAAAACCAUAUGAAUGUAGUAACUGUGGGAAGUCCUUCAUUUCUAAGUCACAACUCCAGGUACAUCAACGAAUUCACACAAAAAUGAAACCCUUUCUUUAUACUGAAUAUGGAAAGAUGUUCAAUAAUAGUUCCAAUCUCGUCACACACAAGAAAGUUCAAAUUAGAGAGAAGUCUUCCAUAUGUACUGAUUGUGGUAAGGCCUUUACAUACAGGUCAGAACUGAUUAUACACCAGAGAAUUCACACUGGGGAAAAACCUUAUGAAUGCAGUGAAUGUGGAAAAGCCUUUACUCAGAAGUCAGCACUUACGGUGCAUCAGAGAAUCCAUACAGGAGAAAAAUCUUAUGUGUGCAUGAAAUGUGGACUAGCCUUCAUCCAGAAGGCUCACUUGAUUGCACAUCAAAUAAUUCACACAGGAGAGAAACCUUAUAAAUGUGGCCACUGCGGGAAAUCCUUUACUUCCAAGUCACAACUGCAUGUACAUAAACGAAUUCACACAGGAGAGAAACCUUAUACAUGCACUAAAUGUGGGAAGGCAUUCACCAACAGGUCAAAUCUUAUUACACAUCAGAAAACUCAUACAGGAGAGAAAUCCUAUAUAUGUCCUAAAUGUGGAAAGGCCUUCACACAAAGGUCAGACUUGAUUACACAUCAGAGAAUUCAUACUGGAGAGAAACCUUAUGAAUGUGGUACCUGUGGAAAAGCCUUUACUCAAAAGUCACACCUCAACAUACACCAGAAAAUUCAUACUGGAGAAAGACAGUAUGAAUGCCAUGAAUGUGGGAAAGCCUUCAACCAGAAGUCAAUACUCAUUGUGCACCAGAAAAUUCAUACAGGAGAGAAACCUUAUGUAUGCAGUGAGUGUGGAAGAGCUUUCAUCCGGAAAUCAAACUUCAUUACUCAUCAGAGAAUUCAUACUGGAGAGAAACCUUAUGAAUGCAAUGAUUGUGGAAAAUCCUUCACCUCCAAGUCUCAGCUCCUGGUGCAUCAACCAAUUCACACAGGAGAAAAACCAUAUGUGUGUGCUGUGUGUGGGAAAGCCUUUAGUGGCAGGUCAAAUCUCAGUAAACACCAGAAAACUCAUACUGGAGAAAAGCCCUACAUCUGUUCUGAAUGUGGGAAGACCUUUAGACAGAAGUCAGAAUUGAUUAUACAUCACAGAAUUCACACUGGAGAGAAACCUUAUGAAUGCAAUGACUGUGGCAAAUCUUUCACUAAGAAAUCACAACUCCAAGUGCAUCAGCGAAUUCACACAGGGGAAAAGCCUUAUGUGUGUGCUGAGUGUGGAAAGGCUUUCACAGAUAGGUCAAAUUUGAAUAAACACCAGACAACGCACACUGGAGACAAACCCUAUAAGUGUGUAGAUUGUGGGAAGGCCUUUAUUUAUGCCUCACACAUUGUUCAGCAUGAGAGAAUCCACACUGGAGGGAGGCCUUAUGAAUGUCAGGAAUGUGGGAAGGCCUUUAGUCAAGGUGGAUACCUUAGAAUUCAUCAAAGAAUUCAUACUGGUGAGAAACCCUAUAAAUGUCAAGAAUGUGGGAAGGCUUUUAGUAGGUGCUCAAACCUCAUUGAACAUGGGCAGAUCCAUACUGAUGGGAAACUUUACGUAUGUGAAAAAUGUGGGAAGGCCUUUAAAAGAGGUCAUCAACUUACCGUACAUCAGAGUGUUCAUACUGGUAAAAAACCAUAUGAUUGUAAAGAAUGUGGAAAGGGCUAUACCACUGCCUCAUACCUUAUUCUACAUCAGAGAAUUCAUAAAGUUGGGAAACCAUAUGAAUGUAAGGAAUGUAAGAAAACCUUUACCUUGUAUAGAAAUCUUACCCGACAUCAGCAUAUUCACACUGGUGAGAAACUUUUUGAAUGUAAGCAGUGUGGGAAGGCCUAUACUACUGGCUCAAAGCUUUUUCAACAUCAGAAAACUCACACUGGUGAGAAGCGCUUUGAAUGUAAGGAAUGUGGAAAGGCCUUUAGCUUAUAUGGAUACCUUCAUCAACAUCAGAAGAUUCAUACUGGUAUGAAACAUUUUGAAUGUAAGCAGUGUAAAAAAACCUUUACUUUAUAUAGAAAUCUUAUUCGACAUAAGAGUAUUCAUAAUGGUAAGAAGCUUUUUGAAUGUAAGGAAUGUGGGAAGGCCUAUACUACUGCCUCAAACCUUGUGCAACAUCAGAAAACUCAUACUGGUGAGAAACCCUAUGAAUGCAAAGAGUGUGGGAAGACCUUUAGCUUGCAUGGAUAUUUUAAUCAACAUCAGAAAAUCCAUACUGGUGUGAAACCCUAUGAGUGUAUGAUAUGUAGGAAAACCUUUACUUUCUAUAGAAACCUUACCCUACACCAGAGUAUUCAUACUGACAAGAAACCUUUUAAAUGUAAGGAAUGUGGGAAGACCUUUAGACGUAGUUCACACCUUACCGCACAUCAGAGUGUUCACGCUGAUAAGAAACCCUUUGAAUGUAAGAAAUGUGGGAAGUCCUUUAAAACAUAUGGAUACCUUACACAACAUCAGAAAAUUCAUACUGGUGGGAAACCCCACAGCUGUAAGGAAUGUGGGAAGGCCUUUAGUCGCGCUUCAAACCUUGUUCAACAUGAGAGAAUUCAUACUGGUGAAAAGCCCUACGUGUGUAAGAAGUGUGGGAAAGCCUUCAGGUAUGGUUCAGCCCUUAAAGCACAUCAGGGAAUACAUACAGAUCUGAAGCUCUAAGAACAUAAGGAAUGUGAUAAUGCUAUUAGGCAUGGCCCAAACCUUUUAAAUAGGCAGUUCACACUGAUGAGGAAUUACUGAAUGUUAGUCUUUAUAGUUAUGUCUUCACCAGAUGAGAGAAUCCAUUAUGUAGUUCUUAUCACUUUUUAAAGAUUACAGUGUCACUCCCAUUUUAAUGGAAUGUUUGACUGAACAAUAGCAAAUUAAACCCUGAAUAGCCAAACAAUCUUGAAAAAGAAGAUGAAAACUGGAAGUAUCAUGAUCCCAGAUUUCAAGAUCUACUACAAAGCUGUAGUAAUUAAAACAGUGUUGUACUGGUGUAAAAAUAGGCACAAGGAUCAAUGGAACAGAAUAGAGAGCCCAGAAAUACAUCCACAACUAGAUGGUCAAUUAAUCUUCAACAGAGGAGGCAAAAAUAUACAGCGGGGAAAAGUCUCUUCAACAAAUGAUGUUGGGAAAACAGGACAACUCUCUUACACCAUACACUAAAAAUAAACUCAAAAUGGAUUAAAGACCUAGAUGUGAGACCCAAAGCCAUAAAAAUCCUAGAAGAGAAUGUAGGCAGUAAUUUCUCUGAUAUCAGCUAUAGCAACAUUUUUCUAGAUAGGUCUAGAGGGAAGGGAAACAAAAGCAAAAGUAAAAUACUGGGACAACAUAAAAAUAAAAAGUUUCUGCAUAAUGAAGGAAACAAUUAGCAAAACUAAAAUGCAAUCUACAGAAUUAGAGAAUAUAUUUGCAAAUGACAAAUCCAAUAAAGGGUUAGUGUCCAAAAAUAUAAAAAGCUUACACAACUCAACACAAAAAAACAAUCCAGUAUUAAAUUGAGCAGAAGAUAUGAACAAAUAUUCUCCAAAGAAGACAUAAGAUGGCCAACAGACACAUAAAAAGUUGCUUAACAUCACUCAUCAUGGGGGAAAUGCAAAUCAAAACCACAAUGGGGUAUCACGUCACACCUGUCAGAAUGGCUAAAAUCAACAAUAAUGUUGGCAAGGAUAUGGAGAUAAAGGAACCCUCUUCCACUGUUGAUGUGAAUGCAAACUAGUGCACCGACUGAAGAAAACAGUAUGGAGAUUCCUAAAAAAUUUAAAAAUAGAAUUAUCUAUUUUAAUUAUGGAUAAUUAUGGAAUUAUCCAGUAAUUCCAUUACUGGAUAUUUACCCAAAGAAUAUAAAAACUAAUUUGAAAACAUGUGUGCACCCCUAUAUUUAUUGGAGCAUUAUUUACAAUGGCCAAGUUAUGGAAACAGCCAAAAUGUCCAUCAACAAAUGAAUGGAUGAGGCGCCUGGGUGGCUGAGUGGGUUAAAACCUCUGCCUUCAGCUCAGGUCAUGAUCCCAGGGUCCUGGGAUCGAGCCCCGCAUCGGGCUCUCAGCUCAGCGGGGAACCUGCAUCCCCCCGCCCACCUGCCUCUCUGCCCACUUGUGAUCUCUGUCAAAUAAAUAAACAAAAUCUUUUAAAAAAAUAGAUGAAUGGAUAAAGAAGAAUGAAAUCUUGCCAUUUGCAAAAACAGAACUAGAGGGUAUAAUGCUAAGUGAAAAAAGUCAGAGAAAGACAAAUACCAUAUGAUUUCACUCAUGUAGAAUUUAAGAAACAAAACAAAUGAACAAAGGAAAAAAUAGACAAACCAAAACACCACCACCACCAACAACAAACAGACCCUUAACUAUAGAGAACAAACUGAUGGUUACCCUUCUGAGGGGUUGGGAGGGUGGGCUUAGUGAAAUUGGUAAAGGGGAUUAAGAGAAUACUUUUCAUGAUGAGUACUGAGCCGUGUGUAGAAUUGUUGAAUCACUAUAUUGUACAUCUGAAGCUAAUAUAACACUGUAUGUUGACUAUACUGGAAUUAAUUUUUAAAAAUAAUGACAAAUUAGAAAGAAGAUGGGAAUCUCAAAUUUUUCAUGCCUAUGGUGUGCAUGGAACUUUCAAUUAAAUUUGUUAAAUUUAGGGGCCCUUGGGUGGCUCAGUUGGUGAAGCAUCAGCCUUUGGCUCAGGUCAUGAUCCCAGGGUCCUGGGAUAGAAUCCUACAUCUGGCUCCCUGCUCGGUAGGGAGCCUACUUCUCCCUCUCCCCCUGCUGCUCACCCUGCUUGUACUCUCUCUCUCUCUCUGUCAAAUAAGUAAAAUAAAAUCUUUUAAACAA